AUGGCUAAGAAGAGGAAUGCUAAAAGUAAAGCCAAGAAAUCAAAGGCGUCUGGAGUUGUAAAGUCGUCUAUUACAAAUACGAUUAAUACUGAAGUGAUUGCAGCCGCAUUGAGUUCAGUAAAUCAAACAAUAUUCUUGAAAUUGUGUAGACUGUGCGAGUCUAAAGAAGGGCCGUUUCUCAACAUUUUUGACUCUGAUAAAGUCACUGCUAAGAAAAUAGAGGAUUUAAUGCCUUUUUGGAUUGCAGAGAAUGAUGACCUUCCACACAAAAUAUGUUUCCGCUGUUCAGCAAAGGUGGAGGAGCUACAUGAAUUUGUGCAGAGAUGUAUACGGACACAAGAAAAUUUGCGAAAGUUACUUGGUAAAAGUGAACCGCUUUCCAUUAAAACGAAAACAAGAGCACUCUGGGAGGAGAAACUGAAUCAGUCAAACAUGUCCAAUGAUGACAUCUGUGAUGCACUAAUAAAAAAAGCUAUGGAGGGCAUUAAAGACAUACCUAAACUGGCUCCAUCUGCAGAAAACCGAAUUUCGACUAGAGCAUCAAAGUCUGUCAACUCCAAGUCUGAAUCUGAAAAUUCACAAAAACUUGGAAACAAGGAAGAUGAUGAUGAUAUAACAUUAAAAGAAAUCAAAGGCAAUAAAUGUGGUGGAAGCAGUAAACACAGUAACAACAACCGGUCGUCAAGGAAUAGUAACAAUGAAACUGCUGAAGAUGAAUGUCAUUCUGUACAAAAUAAUAUCCAGAUACCACUGACUAGGAGUGCAAUCAAACAGCAAAGUAUUUCCAUAAACCCUGCAUCAGAAGCCACAAGUUGUGAAAAGAACAAAUUGGAUGAAAAUUCUACAAUAAAACCAAAUAAUUCAAACAAAAAAGAUACAUGUGAAUCAACUAACGAAACUAACGAUACUAUAAAAAAACCAUUCAACAUAAUGGACCAUGUUAGCAUGAUAAAAGUAAAUGGCGUCGGGAUCCUCUUCCAGUGUCAGUUGUGCAAUAGAAACUUCUUGAAAAAGGAAGUUGUUAUGUCACAUGGCUGUGCGAAAACUGGGGUGCCUAAAAUAGAUUUAUGUAACAUGUACGUACCACCUGAGCCGCCAAAGCUCACGACAGUGAAAUAUAUAAACACGAGAACAAGUGGAGAUGACAGGCCAGGUACAGUUGAACAAAAAACUCAGGAAAAUGACAGUGCCAAAUUGAAUGCAUCAAGUGUUAAAAGAAAAAUCGGCCCUGCUAGCAAGAUUGGGAGAAGUAUUGAGUCUUCAAAUAUCAGUAAUGAAAAUCACCAGACAUCUAAAGAUUCUCUGAUUCCACCAAACAAUUUCAAGAAGUCAUGUACCGAAAAAGGACCGGUUUAUCGUUUUCCCUCACUUCCUGACCUCAAUAUUAGGUAUAAACUAAUUCGUGGUCCAAACAACAGUUACACUUUAGUUGAAGACAAAACCUCGUCGGACGAACGAAGCGACACCGAUCAAGAAGCUGCCGUUAACAAUACUAAAAAAAACGACUCUGUUGAAAUAAUAGAUCUGGCAGAGUCUCCCGUUGAUAACCGGUUAAAAAGCGCCAGUAACAGUUCUAAGAGAACUAGUGCUGCCAACAGAACAGCGGCAGCACGAAACGAUUCGAACGACCCGAACUCCGAACCGGAGUCCUCUACUGCCGGUCAGCCAUACCCGGUUGGAUUGUUUCAGACAGUGCCCCAUCACUCAACAAAUAACGAGAGUCAACAAGUACCGUUCACUACACCCGCGAUGAAGAAACAAUCGUACACGGUGGUGCAAACCAGCAAUCCGAAUAAACUGCUAAUAUCAACAAAACACCAGCAUCCCAAUGAAGAAGUUGCUAAAAAAAGGCCGAAGAGAGCAAGACCAGCGCCUAAAAAUGAUACCAAUCCCCAAGAGCCCUUCUCCGUAAUUUUGGAGGACACGGCACCACCUAAGGACCCUGGUUUCUUUUCGUUUAUCAAUGUUGAUCCAUUGCUGCAGCCAUCAUAUGUGCUGCCAACAGACAACAUAAUCCAAGAAUCACAAAUUAGCACUUCGACAAUACUUGCAAAAAAAGAAAUGGGCAAGAGCAAAGAUAAGGAGCAGGACAAGUAUGUAUGUAACAUUUGUGGUGAGAAAUUUAACAGAGAAAAGAAGUGGAAUGCCCAUGUUUAUGCCCACUAUAACGUCGUUAAUGAUAGUCGACAGGAAGAUAAAUCUAGGAAGCAUAGUCGUAAG